AAGAGGAUGGAAGAAGGAGCAGAGUUAAAUGAUCCAGAGCAGGAAUACAUCGACCCAGUAUACUCAGAUCAUGCCUUUCUCUAUUCUAAAAAAUAGAGAGGAGAGUGAGAGAGAUGGAGAGAGCGAGACAUGGGUGUGAAGGCUGCUCAGGGAGGAGAUGCCUGAAGAGGAAACGUUCAUCCAUGAUGCAAUCAUUUACACAUCAAUGAGCUGAGAUUUACACAGGCAAAUGAUAUGAAUGCUGACAACCUUCAGUGGGUUUGUGUGUGAAUUUUUGUGAGUGGAAUAAAGAGGAGGGAUGCGGACUGCACGGAGCAUGCGCGUGCAUCUGUGAGACAGGGAAGGAAGAGAGAGAGAAAGGCUGAGAAGUAGGGGAGGGAGUUUGUCGUGAUAGAGAACCUGCGAGUGCUACUAAGGAGGAGAGAGCGCGAGAGAGAGCGGGAACACAAGCGAGUAACUGAGAGAUGGUGUGUGUGUGUGAGAGAGCCUUAGUUCGUCUGACUCUCGGAGCUGUAGACUGGACCAACCAUUUAGCCUUUGGAACGCUCACGGCGCACACACACGUAGGAACACGCCACUGCCGCGUCACCCUUGCCGGCCGGUGAUGAGAGGGAGGAUACAGUCGUUUUGAGACAAAGGGGGAACUGCCUUUGAGAAGACUCAGCCUUCGGAUGUGUUGCAGGAGAAAAAUCGCCUGAUCAUUGAGUUGUCCAGCAACAGCCUGAAGGCAUCCAAAUAUGACCAGGUGGACAUCUCAAGGAUGAACAAUGGAAACAUAAUGCAUCUGAGCUCAAUUUCAAGUCUCAUAGCAAAGGGUCUGAAUACCUACUACAAUAAAGCUGUAAUUUAACAAGAUGUGGAAAAGUCAAGGUGUCUGAAUACUCUCUGAAGGCACUGUAAAUGAAAAAGGACAGGUAAGGUCAGACUAUGAGCAGCUCGGACACACCUACAGUGCUGUGAGUUAGGAGAGAGACUUAGCCCAACAGGAGAGGAAACGGCUCCAAGGCAAACUGGAGAACCUCGAGCAGGUCCUCAAGCAUAUGCGAGAGGCUGCUGAGAGGAGGCAGCAGUUGGAUGAAGAGCAUGAGCAGGCCCUGGCUGCCCUCACCUCCAAGCAGCAGAAGAUCCACCUUCUGCAUAAGGCUCAGGUUGAAGCUGAGAGAGAGCAUGAGGGAGCGGUCCACCUGUUAGAGGACAAGGUUCGCGACCUGGAGCAGAAAUGCAGGUCACAGACUAAACAGUUUGGCCAUUUGUCCAAGAGCCUGGAAGAUUUCCGUCUGGAGGUGGAUACUGUGGACAUCUUCAGCACUGAUUCUUUCUCCAAACAAAAAACUCCCCUUUCCCUGGAAAAUAAACUCUCCCAAAUCCUCAACGUGAAGGCAGGGAAAGGCAAUGAGAGCUCGGCAAACACUCCGCUGAUAUCGAAGUUCCUCCGCCCGCUACAGAUCAGAGACAGGCCAGAGCUGCUAUCUGUCAAUCCCACCACCGUGACAACGAGCUGCCCCAGCAGCCCACAACGGGCGACCCCCUCAGAGAUGGAGGAUGAGGUCAGCCCUGCGCCCCGGUCCAAGCCUCGCUACACUGGCACGGUCCGUCUCUGCACCGCCCGCUACAGUUACAACCCUUACGAUGGGCCAAACGAGCACCCAGAGGCAGAGCUCCCCCUGGUGGCUGGGAAGUACCUGUACGUGUACGGCACCAUGGACGACGACGGUUUCUACCAUGGUGAGCUGCUGGACGGCCAGAGAGGGCUGGUCCCGUCCAACUUUGUGGAGUUUGUCCAAGACAAGGAGAAACCAUCCAUCCAACUAGGGGACGGAGAGGAGGACCUGGGCUCUCUGGACCAUAUCACCCUUGGCCUGAUGGGGGUGGAUGGAGGGGCCCCUCGGGAUGGGCUACUGGGUUCCAGCAACCCCCUGGGCCCCUGCAGCAACGGCACAGGGCCCCUGGACCCUGAGGAUCUGGUCGAUGACAUUGUGCCUUACCCCCGGAGGAUCACCCUGAUCAAGCAGUUGGCCCGUAGCGUCAUUGUGGCCUGGGAGCCCCCCAUGGUGCCCCUGGGAUGGGGAAAAAUCAGCUGCUACAACGUGCUGGUGGAUGGUGAGGUGCGUGCCAGCGUGCCCUACGGCGACAGGACCAAGUCGUUGUUGGAGAAGCUGGAUCUGGACACGUAUACGCACCGCGUGUCCGUGCAGAGUGUGACAGACAGGGGCCUGUCGGACGAGCUGCGCUGCACCCUGAUGGUGGGAGCCAACGUGGUGGUGGCGCCAUAUGGACUGCGGGUGGACGACAUCCUGCGUGAAUCAGCCGAGCUCUCAUGGUUGCCCAGCAACAGUAACUAUGGGCACACAGUGUUCCUGGAUGGGGCGGAGCAUGCAGUGGUGAAGCCGGGAAGGUACAGGCUGCGAUUUGUUAACCUCAAGGCCAUGACGGUAUACAAGGUGAGGGUGGUGGCCCGGCCACACCAGGUACCAUGGCAACUGCUCAUGGAACAGAGGGAGAAGAAGGAGGCUGCUGUGGAGUUCUGUACACAAGCUGCUGGUCCAGGACCAUAUUCCAGAUCAGGCCCCCCAUUACCACCUCAGGAGGUGCAGGUGCAGUGUGGCCAGGCACCAGGGGUCCUGCAGGUGCGCUGGAAGCCCCCUGUCCUCUCACCCACCGGAACCUCCAAUGGAGCCAGCGUCAUCGGAUACGCAGUCUGCACUAAAGGACAAAAGAUAGCGGAGGUGUUGUACCCUCUGGCUGACUAUGUGACAGUGGAGCUGAACAGGAUCCAGUGUCUGGAGGCCAGGGAGGUCAUCGUCAGGACGUUAUCAGCACAGGGAGAGUCCCAGGACUCCCACGUUGCCCCCAUUCCAAACAACCUACUGUUGCCGCCUCCUCACCCUGCCCCUGUGCCCCCUCAGCAACCACACGCAGGGCCCCCUCCACCUCACUCCCAUGCCCCCCCACCCCACCUCCAGUCACCUCACCUCCCCCACCCACAACUACCCCCGCCUCACCUCCAGCCUCCCUCACCCCUGCCUCACAGACAACCCUUCCCUAACCACAGUCCUCAAACCCAGCCACACCUCCAACCCCUGCCCCCUCAUCUUGUUCCCCAGCCUCACCGACAGCCUCAACCCGCUCACCCUGGUGGUCCUCCACAGCCCUUGCACCUCCAGCCUCAUCCUCCCCAUACAAUUCCCCAGCACCGCCUACCCCUGCUGCCCCACCCACCCCCCCAGCUCCACCAGAGACCAGUAAGUGCCAGAGACCUGGAAGCCAAAGAGCAGGUGGUACAGCAUGGGGGCGUCCCAAGCCAGCCCUGGGACCCUACCCGCUCCCCCUCCGCCCAGCCUCCUCCUGCCCCCAUGUACGGGCACACCCUGGAGGCGCCCCUUUCUGCGAACCACCGCUCGCCCUCCCCCCAGAGAAUCCUGCCACAGCCCAGGGGCACCCCCAUCCCAGACCAAAUGGCCAAAGCCAUCGCCCGCGAGGCAGCACAGAGGGUGGCUGCAGAGAGUGGCAGAAUGGAGAGGAGAGUCGUCUACAAUGAGCAGGGCCAGGCCUUCCACCAACAGAACUCAGAUGAGGAAGAGGAGGAUGAGGAAGGGUAUGGUCACGGCCUCAGGAGACAGGGGGCCUCAGUAGAUGAAUUCCUCAGAGGGUCCGAGCUGGGCAGGCCGGUAAAGACAGAAUGUAAUAGGGCCCACUACAGCCACAGUGAGGAGUACCACAGUGAGAGCAGCCGGGGCUCUGACCUUUCUGACAUCAUGGAAGAGGAUGAGGAGGAGCUCUACUCUGAAAUGCAGCUGGAGGAGGGACGACGACGCAACUCCCACAAUGCACUCAAGAUUGGGAACAACUCCUCUGGGGGUCGGCUGGAUCGGGAGACGGGGAGAAGAAUACCACGGGACGGUCCGCAGCCCCAAAGACACCCUCUUAUGGUGCCCUCCAUUGAGGGAUACAGGGACAGGGAACGCCGCUCCCCUCCUAACUACGAUGAGUCAGAACCUGAAGAAACAUUCCGGAUCUUUGUGGCUCUGUUUGACUACGACCCCCUGUCCAUGUCUCCCAACCCGGACGCAGCAGAUGAGGAACUGCCCUUUAAAGAGGGCCAGAUCAUCAGGGUAUAUGGUGAUAAGGACACUGAUGGUUUCUACCGAGGGGAGAUCAGGGGAGGCAGGAUGGGGCUCCUGCCCUGCAACAUGGUGUCAGAGAUCAGGGCUGAAGAUGAGGAGACCAUGGACCAGCUCAUCAAGCAGGGCUUCCUCCCACUCAACACACCAGUGGAUAAAAUUGGAAUAGGGCAGGACAGACGAGGCCUCUGUCAGCAUCAGGCCACCAGGAGGAUGGUGGCCCUCUAUGAUUAUGACCCCAGAGAUAGCUCCCCCAACGUGGACGUGGAGGCUGAGUUGACUUUCUGUGCUGGUGACAUCCUCGCUGUAUUUGGAGAGAUUGACGAAGACGGGUUCUACUAUGGUGAAAUCAAUGGCCACCGUGGCCUCGUCCCCUCCAACUUUCUGGAAGAAGUGCCUGACGACGUGGAGGUGUACCUGACGGACACUCCAUCCCGCUAUGCCCAGGAUGAGCCCGCCAACCGGGCCGAGGCCAAAAGGGUAACCACGGAUACCACAGAGAACACGGCCCCGCCUGUCCGAGCGGCAUCCCCCAUGGUGCGUCCCGUGUGUCCCCCAGGCACCAUGCGGCCCAUCAGCCCCACCAGGGUCCCCAGGGACCUCCGAGACAACAAAAAGAAAAAGGGACUGCUCUCCAAGGGGAAGAAACUGCUCAAGAAGCUCUCUCCGGUUAAAUAAACUUUCCCCAGCUGAGCCCAGUACUGUACAUCACAUACAGUACAUGCAAUCAAAUCAGCUGAUCGUACGCACACAACUACAAUUGCAACAUGUGUGUAUGUAUUACAGGACAAUAUAUGUGAGCCUAAUCUAAUAUAUUCAGUGAUACAUGUUCUAAUGAUUAAUACACAUACUUACAUGUACUUCGUGCCAAAUUCAAUGAGACCUUUGCUCACACAUACUGUAUAACUGUGAUGUAUUUGAGGUAGAGGGGAAAAAGGAGAACAAACUAGGAUUUUCAUGACAUGGAUUUUCAUUUCCACUGUUUUCUUUAAUCAAAUGGAGAUCAGGACGAUGCUGCUAAACCAUUUGUGUGCAUUUGUUUCAAGCAGGGUAACAACAGAGUAGCCUAUUUUUUUGUUUAUUACAAAUCUAACAUUUCUAGAUGGUUUCCAUAGCAAUUGUGCAAUUAUAAGGUCUCUAACAGACAUGACGUGGCAAAAAACAUCAAUGUUGUGGCAGUGAGAUGUUGAUACCAGGAGAGACCAUACUCCUGGAACACUGGAGCAACAAGUCAACUAUUGAUGGCAUUCUGUCAGUAAUGCUGGCUGCUAAUACAGAGGCUUUAUUCAGUGCAAUAUAUCACAGACAGGAUGGUGACAAAGGGUUGAAUCACUCACAGAACCUAGAAGUCUAUAGGGUAGUUGGACACAGGGCAUUACAGACAGGAGAAGGAGCUGCAAUGGAUAAUACAUUUGAACCAUCUCAGUGGCCUUUAUGAAAGCAAUUCUAGCAUGACUUUCCUCAUUUUCUAUGGUUGAACAAGGUUGUUUUUAGACUUACAAGUCUUUGCCAAGAACCCCUAGUGCAUCUCUGCAGCUUUGUUUGAUAGAAAUCUAAAAUGUAUGUUUGUUCGUUUCAUUGCUGUCCAACUGUCAUGAAACGCCUAGUUAAAGACAACCUUCUGUGUUUGCCUUCCAAUUGCACAAAGGUGUGUUUUGUCUGAUGAAUGGAAAAUAAGUAGUUCUCUGUGUGUAUGGAUGUGUUGAGGGUGUGUGAGUUUGUGUGCUCAGUGUGCAUUCAUGUCUGUGCAUCCUUUAUUUAAAAAGAGGAUAAGUAGUUGAGUCAUGUGAUCUUAGUGGUGUGCUGCUAACUACAUUGCCGGUGUAAUAUUCAGUUCUGUUGUCUGUCAAAGAGGGCCAUUUUCCCCGCUCAGCCAUUUCAGUAAAGAUGUCUAGGUGUGCUCAAGAUUCUGCACCGUUUACUUGUUUACACUCUUCUAGAACUCGUGAGAACCUAUUUCUGAAGUCAAGGGAAAGGGAGGGAUGACCUACAUACUGUACCUACAACCUCUAAACCAGUAGUCAUGUGGCUUAUGGGAUAACUGAGUGCUAGGAUGCAUCCAGCUGAUCCAUUGACUGGAGAGGCUGUCAUAGCCUUUAGACAAACAUUGUCCUGUAUUUUGACACCUUUCAGGACCAUAUAUUAACCCAUUUUCAUAAACCAUGAUCCUAUUCUGUAAUAGUUUAACAUUACUUCCGUUGCUGUACAGCCACAGUUUGAUGGACAUGAUCAUAAUGGACAACAUGUCAAUCCAUGACUCAAAAUGACAGUGUUUUAUUCUGACAGGGUCCUCUAAAUUCCCAUCAGCUAAGAUAUCUGAGUCAAGCAUAAUACCCUGCUGUAUAAUGAUUACAGGGUUCUUUUAUGUUUAUUUUUAAAAAAGAGAGAAAAUCAAAUGAUGGAUUGUCAAAAAGGAAUGUACGAAAUGUUCAGCGGGCAAUAUAGUACACAUUUUAUUAUUUGUCCAACGUUAUGCAUUAUGUUAUGCAUCCAUUUGUCAAAAGGUGUUAGUCAUAAUACCAAAUCAUUUAUUUGUAAAUGGGUGUAGUGUCUAUACUGUUGCUCUUUUGUACUUUUCUCCAUUUAUAGAUAAUUUCUAAAUGUUUAUACUUGAUUUUCAGACUGCCUUUUUUAGUGCAUUGAGAUGUAUUCUUACUGUAAACAGUGCAAGCAUUCUCCAUGGUGUCCUCCAGAUAAGAUGUUUAAGUCUGCGGUUAUGUGCUUGCUCCGUGAAUCAAAGAUACAAACAAAAAAUAGAAAUCAUUAUUUAUGGUGUGUGUGUGCAUGUGCAAAAAAAAUACAUUUUUUAUAAAAAAUAAAUUUGAUAUUUUGUAGAA